CCAGUCAGAGAUCUCCGCCCCAGUCAUCUUGGACUUACAGCUCGGAGCCCGGAUGCGCCGCCAUGCCGACUCUAUCCGCGAAUGGAAUAAUGUAUUCACUAACCAGCCUGACGCUGGGCGCCUAACGAGGAGUUUCGCCGAAGAAAGUCUCGACAAGACAGCUCGGGAGACCGAGGAGCCGUUUACCGCGGACGGGACCGCGCCGGGUCAUCGCUCGCGCACUCGCGUCGCUCGCCGACCGUUGUGUUGAUGUAGAGCCACUCGAAUGCUAAGCUAACGUUAGCUCGAGUCGAAAGCGAGAGAGGGAGGGAGAGAGAGAGUGUGCGCGCGCGCGGUAGUGACAGUCCAGCCGGAGGCGGGGAGAAUCGAGAGGUGAGACUGUUACUUUGAUGGUGACUACACUGUUGACUGCGUAUAGGUGGCCAUCUGGUAGAUAGUAUCACUUUAGUAAAAUAUGACUCUCGUAUUUUCUUUUUGAGUCGGGCAGCAGCGUCGCGAGGUGGGUACUUGAAGGUUGGUCUGUUCACGGCUUUUUUUGUCCGGAGCGGAGCCGAACGUUGAGGCGACGUUCUAGUGUGCUGGCCCGCGAGAGAGGAGCUAGGAGCUAGGAGCUAGCUAAAUAACUGUCCAACACACGCGGGGGGGUAAACUUUUCAGGUCAGUAACGUGAACCCCUGAAGAAAUCCAGAAAAAAAGAAAAUCCAUUUCAUGUCUGUAUCAGCCCUGAACACCAAAAGAGAUGUCUGUUGAUGAGGAUACUGUAAAAACUGGCAGUCCACAUGCCAGCUCCGCUUCAUCCCUGCAGCUCUCAGAACGCACAGGAAGUUACAGCAACAUAUCUGUGAUGGUGGAGGGCACGGCAGCCACCCCUGAUUUUGCAGCCGCUUGUCCAGUCUCGGGCACUGAAGCCUCUCCAAAACACAUCAGCACGACUGAUGUUCUUACCAACUCGGAUGAUGCUGGACAGGGAGCCACAGGGAAUGAGAAUAACAUCAAUCGCAGGAACAGCUUUCAUCAUUCCAAACAACCACAACAAACAAAGCUGACAAAGCGCCGCAGCACAGCAAACCCUAGUUUCAAGCAUCCAAUGUCUGGUAAGAGAAGACGAAGGGCCAACUCUGAGAGUGACUCUGUUCUACCUACCAACUUCCUCCUGGGUGGGAACAUUUUCGACCCACUGAAUCUCAACAGCCUGCUGGAUGAGGAGGUCAACAGGGCGCUUAAUGCAGAGACACCCAAAUCCUCCCCGCUGCCAGCGAAGAGUCGAGACCCUGUGGAGAUCCUCAUCCCCAGAGACAUCACCGAUCCACUGAACCUGAACAGUGGGAUAGCAGACGGUAGCUUCAUGGUGUCCCCCUUCAAGAGUGGUGGUAGGAAGAGACACCGCAACAGACACCAUGGAGGAGGAGGGAGUGGUGGUGGAAGUGGGAUUUCAACCGCACAGGUAAACCUCUCAGAAUCAGGAAAAAGUGAGGUUAAAGCUAGCACCUCCACACCACUUCCAGGUAUUUUAGCCUCGUCUUCUGCAAUAGAUGUCUCCAAAGAGUCCAGCAGUUUCUCCAGUGUUACAGAGGAUUCCCAUGAGCGCUCAGCUGACAACUCAGCCAACUGCAAGGAGCAGAUGGCAUCUGUAUCUAUAGAGGAUUCCACUUCCUCCAUAUCAGGGGCAGCAAACCAGCACACAAGCAGGCGUAAGCGAAGGCGCAACUCUGGUAAAAUGGAGACCCCUGUGACCCAUUCUACGCCAAUUGGAAAGUCAGGAUGUGGAGACAGGAGUUUUGGGACAGGGGGAUCGAGAUAUUCUCAGUCCUUCCACACGCCAAGGAGUGGUCACAAAACCGCCCCAGGAGGUCGCCAGCAGCCCCACAACAAGGUGAAGGAGCAACAGAAGAAGAAGUUUCAGUAUGGAAACUACAACAAGUAUUAUGGCUACCGCAACCCAGGCGCCAGUGAAGACGCACGGGUCCGCUUGCUACGUCCAGAAUGGUUUGAAGGUAAAGAUGUUCUGGAUUUGGGGUGCAAUUCGGGCCACCUAACACUCUAUAUUGCCAAAAUGCUAAGACCUGCCCGCAUAUUGGGCCUGGAUAUUGACAGUAGUCUGGUACAUGCAGCUCGUAAGAACAUCAGACACUAUCUGUCUGAACUGCAGACCCAAGAGGCCAGGCAUGCAUUGCAGGAGAAAAAGAGCACCAAGCAGGGGGAGAGGAAUGGAAGUGAGAGUCGCACAGACAAGAAGCACAAUGAAGCCAAGAGCAGGGAGGAAAACGGGAAACCAGUGAAAGGAGAAAGUGGUCCUGCAGAGGCUGGAAAUGACAAUGGCUCCUGCCACACAGAUGAGGUAGGGACCCAGAGGCAGGUUGGCAAAACAGAGGAAAUGGAGCAGGAAGACUAUGAUUCAACUCCCGCUGAUCACUCUGUGAGCUGCUCUUUUCCCGUGUCCCUACGGAUCUCCAGGGGUCCCAUCGCUGCACCUCCACUAACGGAAACAUCCACCACACGGCCUGGAGAGUUUCCCUCAAAUGUGUCCUUCGUCAUGGCCAAUUAUGUCCUGGAGAACGAUAGUCUUCUUGUGACUCAGCGGCCAGAGUAUGACGUGAUCAUGUGCCUGAGCGUUACCAAAUGGGUUCACCUGAAUUGGGGAGACUGUGGCCUCAAGCGGCUCUUCAAGAGAGUCUACAGUCAUCUCCGUCCUGGAGGCAUGUUCAUCCUGGAGCCACAGCCCUGGGACUCCUAUGUGAGGAGGAAGAAGCUGACGGAUGAUAUUAGCAACAAUUUUCACAGCAUCCGCCUCAAACCUGACCAGUUUUCAUCGUACCUUACAACAGAGGUGGGCUUCACAAGUUCUGAGUACCUUGGGGCCCCCAAGUGUUCAAUACGAGGUUUUCAGAGGCCAAUCUACUUGUUUCACAAAUGACCACUCCUGCCUUGAAGAUCAUUGAAUGUGAGUAGCCUAAGCCACAAACAUGCAUACAAGCCAGCCAGCUGCCCUGGACUGCAAGGAGUCAGCUGAGUCCUUCACAGUAGCUCCAGCUUUUCAGAUGCUGAUGAUGAAAUUCAAAAGGGAGAAUGGGACCAAAAGUGGAAUUAAUUUUGUAAAGAUGAGAUCUGCCGAGAAGAGGCACCUAUCAAAAUCUUCUGUGACUACAAAUUCUUAAACCGUAUGGAGUGAACUCAGAUAAGACUCCACAGAGUGUAACCUGGAGCCAAAUAUAGCUUGGCCUGACUGGAAGAGGUGCUCAUCCGAUCAUUUCCUUGGACUAGCCUAGUGCUAAUGAUGCUCCAUUUUGAUGCACGGCCAUAACAUGCGUUUGCAAAUCUUUGGCCAUAUAUCUUUACUUUCAUAACUUUGUUCUGUGCCACCACAUCACCAUACGUUAUACAUAUUAGGGUUGGGCGAUAGGGCAGACAGUUUCCAACUGUCCACCAUCAUCACUUUAUCUGGUGAUGAUGGUGUAAUUCACUACGUUAGCUCCAUAUGACCAACUGUAUGUUGCACUUGAAAAGCUGCAGUUACAACUGAAUUACAAAGCCAUUAAAUAGACUGACAUGAUGUAUCUUGAAAAAGCCACACCAGAGUGUGGGUUAUGCUAUUCAUGCUAAGUAGGACACUCCAUCGCAAUGACUGUAGAUACCAUAUAAAUGUGCUCUUAGUGGUUAAAUAUUGGCAUCAUGUUUGAAGCCUUAAAUACCGUUGUAACACGCAUAUAACAGUCAAACGAAUUCCAUUGGGAAAAGAUUCAGUCUGUUGCUAAUAGCUGAUGUAUUUGUCCUAUCUUCCAACCCUGAUAUAUUGUUUUUUUUGUCAUUAUUUUGCAAAAUAGGCCUUGGAGCUGAAUUAACUUAAAUGUUGUAAGUCCACAUUUUGAAAAAGACAUUAUGAAAACUUCCUAAAUUGCACAAACCUAAGACGCUGUGGAGUGAACAGUGGCUCAUCUAAGUGAUGAAGACAGUGAUGCACGAUGAGAAAGGUGCACUCAAAACAGCCAAAACAUCUCGUGAAAUAGUGCAUGCUUAUCCAAAUGUGCAGCCAAGGUUUGUUUGUCUUUUUUGUUUAGGAACAGACGGUCCCCUUUAAAGUGUCAUGACAUGAGUUAUCAAAUAUUACAUGUUGUCAUUAUUGCAUGGUAUAGAUAUAACAUGAAAAAAUGUUGUUUUAGCAGGACUACUACCACUGGAAAAAAUACUUGGUAUUGUAUCUGAAAACCUGACAUCAGCUAAAUGUUAAAUCCCCAAAUGCAAGUUCAAAAUCAGUUACACAUUUUCCAUAAAAGAGUUUUGGCUGUUUUGAGCAUAAAGUUGAGAGUUUGGACUGUUUAGAAAGCAACAAACCACUUCCUGGGUUCUUGAAGCCUUUUCGAUGCUCCAUCCUAAAGAUGGGGGCCAUAUUUGAGCUGCGCUGACACCCAGCUGUCGGUUUAGCUCAAGAUAAUUCGACACAGAGACCACAAAGACUCUUUUGCAAGGUAAACUGUAGCAUGCAGUGAUUUAUUUUUUUAAUGACCGUAAAGCCAUAGCCCUACCUUUUCAUAUGUCAUUCACAAUGUCAACAAUAACGGAGAGCAUAAUAAAAUAUAAGGCAGAGGCCUGUCAUUAAGGAACUGCUACAGCGUCUUCAAUGCUGGGUAAAUCACAAGGUCGUCACUAAUGGACAAACAUUCAAACAGCAUUAGAAUCACUUUCUAGCUCCAGAGUUGGACUCGACUAAACAAAAAAUAGUAUCAAAUGGUUUGUUGAAACAUAUCCAUGAGAUCUUUACCAAAUUAAAAUAUGAAUAUGCUGUUUGCAGUGAAGCGCUGCCAAAUUAUUUUAUGGGUCUUCUGCUUCUUGAAUUUGACAAACUCUGCCAUCUCAGUCUUUGGCCUACCGAGGACAGUUAUGAGUUCCAGUGUUUGUGAUUGUGUCUCUACUGGUGUGCACUGAGCACGGCUCAUCUCCAACCUCUCAUUCAAGUGUCUGGGACUGAACACCUUCCUUUUUAUUGUGACUGGUUCAAUUACAGCGUUUGGCAUAUGAGUGUCGGAGAUGAUGGAAAAGAUGGAUGAUAUGUUUCUAUUUUAGUAAGUGAUCAAUGUAAAUAUGUUUGCAAAGAUUUGUUUUACUGUUGUCAAUAUUAAGUUCAUAACUGCUUUUGUUCUUUUCCAGUGGAUGUUCUUCUUUUUUUCUUUUCUUUUUUUAAUGUUCGCUGCCAAUUUGUGAGUGAGUCUGAGUUUUUGUUCUGAAACGGACCGCUAAUCCAGCUCUGUAACAACAAAUGAAAAUGUACAUUGCAAAGUUCUGAUAUGUUUGCUUUGUUCUGUCCUGGCAGGCACAUGGAUUGUUAGAUUGGCUCUUUAUUUUUUUAUAAACAGUUUGAAAGGAG